AGAGGACGGUCCUACAUUGCAGUUUACCUCAGUACCUUCACUCCAUCCUGUUUAAAACUGCCUGCAGGAGGACAGAAACUACCAAAAUGUCGAAAAUAGAGAAGAUGAGCAUCCUUGGAGUGAGGAGCUUUGGUGUGGAAGACAAAGACAAGCAAGUGAUAACAUUCUUCAGUCCCCUAACUGUUCUGGUCGGACCCAAUGGAGCGGGCAAAACGACCAUCAUUGAGUGCCUUAAAUAUGUCACUUCUGGAGAUUUUCCACCCGGAAGCAAAGGAAAUACUUUCGUUCAUGAUCCUAAGGAUGCCCAUGAAACUGAUGUCCGUGCUCAGAUUCGCCUGCAGUUCAGAGACGUCAACGGAGAGCCACUGGCUGUUCAGCGCUCCAUGCAGAGCACACAAAAGGGCAAAAAAGCUGAGUUUAAAACUCUUGAAGGAGUCAUCACCAGAAUAAAGCAUGGAGAAAAGGUCAGUCUGAGCUCAAAGUGUGCAGAAAUAGACCGUGAGAUGAUUUCAGCUCUGGGAGUUUCCAAAGCAGUCCUUAAUCAUGUUAUAUUCUGCCAUCAAGAGGAGUCUAACUGGCCUUUAAGUGAAGGAAAAGCCCUUAAGCAGAAAUUUGAUGAGAUUUUCUCAGCAACAAGGUACAUUAAGGUGCUGGAAAGUCUUCGGCAGCUUAGACUGAAGCAGUCCAACACUGUCAAGACCUGUCAGACGGAGCUUAAAUAUCUAAAGCAGAACAAGGAGAAGGCUGAGGAGAUCAAGCAACUGCUGUCCACUAAAGAAGCACAGCUAGCAGCAUCCAAAGAGAGCGUGCAACGAAUUGAAAGCCAGAUUGAUCCAAUGGAGAACCGGUUAAAUGACAUUGAUGACAACUUAGGAAAAGUCAUGAAGCUGGAUAAUGACAUCAAGGCUCUGGACAGCAGGAAGAAACAGAUGGAAGACGACAAUCAGGAACUACAAGAGAAGAUGGAACAGGUGUUUCAAGGAUCAGACGAGCAGCUGCAGGAGAUGUACCAGAACCACCAGCGCACAGUGAGGGAGAAAGAGAGGAAACUGACUGAAUGCCAGCGGAACCUGGAGAGGGCAGGUCGUGAGUGCCAGAGGAUGAAUCACCUUAAAUCAGACCUGCUAGUUGAACAGGGACGUCUUCAGAUGGAAGCAGACCGGCAUGCUCUACAUUUAAAGAACAGAGAUGUUCAAGUAAAGUCUCUUGGUUCUUACUUGGAAUUGGAAGGCUAUGACAGAACUCCCUUCAAUGAAAGACAGCUCCAGAGCUUCCACCGACAGGUCAAAGAGAGACAAGACCAGGAGACAGAGGCUCUCAACAGGGUUAUACUUGAGAUGCAAGAAAAGGAAGCACAAAAGCAGCAGAGCACUGAUGAGAUACGGGAUAAAAAGACAGGCUUGGAGAGGACCAUUGAGCUGAAGAAGGACAUACAGGCCAAGAAACAGCAGGAGUUGAAGAACAUCAAGUCAGACCUGCAGAAACUAGAGGGCUCUUCCACCAGACUGCAGGAACUUGAAAGUGAGCUGGCAAAAGCGGAGCGUGAGCUAAAUAAUGCUGUGCAGAGUUCCACAGUAGACAGUCUGAAGACAGAGGUGCAGGAGCUACAAAGAGAGAAGACUGAACUGGACCAGACUCAGAGGAGACUUGAUCAGGAAAUGGAGACCCUUAACACGCACACCACAGCACGCACACAGAUGGACAUGCUUAAAAAAGAUAAGAUGGAUAAAGAAGAUCAGGUGAGGAAGAUCAAGUCCAGGCACAGUGAAGACUUGGUUUCUCUGCUUGGCCAUUUCCCUAACAAGCGGGAACUUGAGGACUGGAUUCACAGCAAAUCUAAAGAGAUCAACUCCAUAAGGAUGAAGCUGAGCAAGCUUAUUAAGGAGCUGGCAUCCAAAGAACAGAACAAGACUCACUGUACAGCUGAGAUUCGACACAAAGAGCAGCAGCUGACCAGCUUCGAAGAAAAGCUCUUCAACGUGUGUGGCAGUCAGGACUUUGAGUCAGAUCUUGCUAAGCUUCAGGAUGACCUGGAGAAGUGCUCCAAGCAGAGAGCCAUGCUGGCAGGUGCCACUGCAGUGUACACCCAGUUCAUCAGUCAGCUCACCGAGGAGGGUGAGCCGUGUUGCCCGGUGUGUCAGCGCAUCUUCCCCUCAGAGGCGGAGCUUCAGGACGUUAUAAACGACAUGCAGUCCAAACUGCGGCUGGUCCCAGACAAGCUGAAAAGCACGGAGCAGGACCUGAAAAGGAAGGAGCGCAAGCGGGAUGACAUGAUGGCCCUCAAACCAGUCAGGCAGUCUCUUGCAGAGCUGCAGGAGAAAGAACUGCCAGAGCUGAGGAAUAAGCUACAGAGCGUAAACCGGGAAAUAGAAAAACUGAAGCGAGACAUCGAGGAGCAGGAGAGUCUGCUGUCCAUGUUGACGUCUGAGGAAGACACCGCCAAGGCCUGUCUGCAGGACAUUUCGCUGAUGGACCGCUACCAGAUGGACUUGAAGGAUGUGGAGAGGAAGAUAGCGCAGCACGCAGCUAAACUUCAGGGAGUUGACUUAAACCGUACUAUGCAGCAUGUCAGCCAAGAAAAACAGGAGGUCCAGCAUCGCCUAGACACCACCUGCAGUAAGAUGGAGCUGAAGCGUAAACUGAUCCAGGACCAGCAGGAGCAGAUCCAGACCCUAAAAAGCAGUGUGAACGAGAUCCGCUCUGUGAAACUUCAGAUUUCCAGUAACAUGCAGAAGCAGCAGCAGCUGGAGGAGCAGUGUGUGGAGUUCAGCGCUGAGAUCCAGGCCCUGCACAGGGAAAUACGGGAUGCAAGAGAGCAGGCCUCCCCUCUGGCAGCCACUUUGGAGAAGCUCCAGCAAGAAAAGCAGGAGCUGAUUGAGAGCAGGAGGACAAAGCAAGCAGAAGGCCAAGAGAAGAUUAAUUCAAUCAAGGAAAGAAUAAAAAAUCUGGUUGCAGUGGAGAAAGAAAUUACCAGGUACAUUGAAGAGGGCAAAGAUGACUACAAGGAGCAAAAAGAGGCUGAACUACAGGACAUAAAUACCCAGCUGCUGGAAGCUGAGAAACAGCGAGAGAAGAUCAACAAGGAUAUAGGCAAUAUUCGACAAGAUAUAGACACUCAGAAGGUCCAAGAACGUUGGCUUCAAGAUAAUUUGACGUUAAGAAAGCGUGUGGAGGAGCUGAAGGAGGUGACUAAAAAGAGAGAGGUCUUACUUAUUGAGAUGGGCAACAUGCAGGUCAUGGAGCUACGCACUGAGCGGCGAGAACUGGAGCGGAAAGUUGAGGACUUAAAGAGGAAUCGCAGUGUUGCUUUGGGUCGUCAAAAGGGCUUUGAAGAGGAAAUCCUGCGCUUUCGCAAAGAGCUCCGUGAGGACCAGUACUGCCAGGCUGAGGAACGCUUUCGGGACAAGAUGAUAGUCAUGAGAACCACUGAGCUAGCCAACAAAGACCUGGACAUCUACUACAAAGCAUUGGACCAAACAAUUAUGAAGUUUCACAGUAUGAAGAUGGAGGAGAUUAACAAAAUCAUUCGGGACCUGUGGAGGAGCACAUAUCGUGGACAAGAUAUUGAAUAUGUGGAGAUCCGGUCUGAUGUGGAUGAGAAUGCCUCAGCUGGUGUGAAGAGAAGAACCUAUAACUACAGAGUGGUGAUGGUCAAAGGAGACACAGCUUUAGACAUGCGUGGACGUUGCAGUGCUGGACAAAAGGUAUUAGCUUCACUUAUCAUCCGACUGGCUUUGGCUGAAACAUUCUGUUUGAACUGUGGCAUCCUGGCCCUGGAUGAGCCCACUACCAACCUUGACCGAGAAAACAUUGAGUCACUGGCCCAUGCCUUGGUGGAUAUCAUCAAGAGUCGCUCUCGACAGCGCAACUUCCAACUGCUUAUCAUUACCCAUGAUGAAGACUUUGUUGAACUCCUCGGUCGAUCCAGCUAUGUGGAGCACUUCUACAGAAUCAAGAAGAACCAAGACCAGUGUUCAGAGAUCGCCAGAUGCAGCAUCAAGACUCUUAACACCUACCUGCGCUGAGGUGUAAUUAUCAGCAUGUCUCAUGGACACUAACUAAUACAGAAUGUGGCUUAAAAUGACAACACAUAAAGCACUUUUGACAAGUUAAUAAAACAUGCUGCAACACUACUGACAGUUCUAAUCUUAUUUUUUUCUUCCCCAAAUCAGCUUCUCAUUCACGUUAACAGCUGGUAUUUAUAUAUAAUUCCUGUUUUGCUGGUUGGAUUUGUGUUCCUUUGUAUUUUGUUUGGUCUCAUCACAAUGAUUUAUACUUACCAGUACAGUCCACUAAUUCUCAAUAGGGUUCUCUUAUAGGGUUAGCUCGCCUGAGUUACAUAGCUGUUUCAUACACAGUCAUGUUGUCAUUGUUUGGAAAAUGUUUUUAUGCCAUUAUUGUUCUGAUAUGUUUGUGCUGAUUCUAUAAAAACAGCUCUCACUUCA